AUGACCUCCAUCUUUUUCUUCUUUCUCUUUGUUUCUUUUCUCUUGUCCACCAGAGGGGCGGCCGACGAUGAAGAGCUUAAAGCUUACAUUGUUCAUGUCGAAGUUCAACCGGAUGUUUCAGCGUAUGAUUCUGGAGACUACUACACCUUCCUUCUAGCUAGAACAUUAGAGAUCCAAGAAGAUGAUGCGGCGUCACGGGUUAUACACACCUACCGGAAUGUUAUGACUGGCUUCUCGGCGAUGCUGACGGAGAGGGAUGUGGCGGCCAUGUCGAAGGUCGACUGGUUCGUGCGUGCCGUUCCGAGCUUGGUUUAUCGUCCGUUGACCACCCACACGCCCCUAUUUUUGGGAUUGCGCCACCGCACUCACAGCGUGUGGAACACCACCAACAUGGGGGAAGGCGUCAUCAUAGGCGUCCUCGACUCCGGUGUCACCCCUGGCCACCCUUCGUAUAGUGACCAUGGCAUGUCGCCUCCUCCAGCCAAAUGGAAGGGCCGCUGCGACUUCAUGAACAUGUCGUCAUUGUCGGCCGAGCAAUUUUGUAACAAUAAGCUCAUCGGCGCCCGGUCCUUCGUCAACUAUAAUCGGUCCCAGAACGGAUCGACGGAUUCACCUAUUGAUAACGACGGCCAUGGUACUCACACGUCUAGCACCGCUGCCGGUGCAUUUGUGAAACGCGCUAACGUGUACGGGCUAGCCAGGGGACUGGCUGCUGGAGUGGCCCCCCUCGCGCAUCUCGCCAUUUAUAAGGUUUGCUCGAAUGACAAGUGUCAGGGGCACGACAUUCUUGCUGGGAUGGACGCCGCAGUGGAGGACGGUGUCGAUGUGCUCUCAGUCUCACUUGGUGGUGACCCUAGUCCAUUCUACCGUGACCCAGUUGCGAUUGGUGGUUUUAACGCCAUGCGCAAGGGAGUCUUCGUCAGUUGCUCGGCCGGCAACUCGGGACCGUCUAAUUCCACCCUAUCCAAUGAGGCACCGUGGUUACUCACGGUGGCCGCUAGCACUAUGGACCGUGAGUUCUUGGCCACCGUAAAGCUCGGUGACGGCAGCGAGUUCCGUGGCGAGAGCAUCUACCAACCGCAGGGAUUCUCAUUGAAAAAGUAUCCUCUCGUGUUCCCUGGCGGUGCUUCAACCUUAUGUCUCAAUGGUUCCCUCGACGGUAUUGACGUGAAGGGAAAGAUUGUGCUUUGCGACCGCGGCAUCAACGGGCGAAUCGAGAAGGGGGAAAUAGUCAAGCAAGCCGGUGGUGCCGGCAUGGUGCUUGUCAAUGCACCGAAAGACAGCUAUAGUACUAUUGCCGAUCUCCACGCACUACCAGCAUCGCACAUUCCAUAUGCUUUUGGACUUAAGAUCAAGGCUUACAUCAACUCAUCCUCCCUCCCGACGGCCACCAUCGUCUUCAAAGGCACCAUUACCCAUGUGCCCAACUCUCCGGCAAUAACUUCCUUCUCCUCCCGUGGGCCUAGCCAAAAUACACCGGGGAUCCUCAAGCCCGACAUCACUGGCCCCGGUGUCAGCGUCCUCGCCGCUUGGAACACACAAAAAUUCAAUGUCAUCUCUGGCACCUCCAUGUCCUGCCCCCAUCUCUCCGGCAUCGCUGCCCUUAUCAAGAAAGUCCAUCCCGACUGGUCACCCGCAGCUAUCAAAUCCGCCAUAAUGACGACGACCUACAUAAAAGAUAACACGAACAACCCCAUCUCUGAUGAGAGGAACCUUCCAGCUGACCUCUUCGCGGUGGGAGCCGGCCACGUCAUGCCUCUAAAGGUCCUUAACCCAGGACUCGUCUACGACAUCUCUCCGACGGACUAUUAUCCAUACCUUUGCGGCCUUGGCUAUAGUGUCUCCGACUUGAGGGUCAUCGUCCAUCGCAAAGUCAACUGCUCGUUGAUCAAGAGCAUCCCAGAAGGAGAACUCAACUAUCCUUCCAUCACCGUCCGAUUGCCGACGAACGAGGCAAGGACAGUGACCUUCACGAGGACCGUGACCAACGUCGGCGAGGCAACAACGACUUACUAUGCAAAGUUGGACGUGCCCGAUGUGGUUUCUGCACGUGUAGUUCCGAGAAGCUUAACCUUCGAGAAGGUUAACGAGAAGAAGAGCUUCAGGAUCAGUUUCAAGCGGAAUGACUAUGGGGCAUCGCCACCGGCUGUCGAAGGACAAUUGAGAUGGGUUUCUCCGACGAGGAGUGUGGUCAGAAGUCCAAUCUCCAUCAUUCUGGAGUGA